GUAUAUUUCAGCAUCACUGUAUGCUGGUGAAUGUGACUAUAAGAGAGAGGUCUUAUGGUACUUAAUGCAGUGAUAUUUCAUCUGAGAUCAAGUCUGCAGGUGCCAGGUGAAAAUGGGCUUCCUGAUGUCAUUGUGUGUAGCGCUUCUCCUGAUGAAUGAAGUCAGAAGCCUUAAUCCCUCAACAACUUCAACUACAACAACAGAAUCUGCUUCAUUUUUGCCCAUCACAACUACUGCUUCCGUGGACAACCUCAAUUAUGAUCCCUGUUAUAAUUAUACAUCACUGGAUCGUCCCUGGAGGGCCACAAAUGAAAGUGGAUUGUACAUUUGUGAUGAAAGUUUUUACUGGGAAGGCUGGUACAGACUUUACUACAACGGGAUGAACAUCCGUAUGUCAGAGAGCUGUGUAAGUUCAUACAGCUGUAACACUUACGUAAGUCUGUGGCUCAGUAGCGGUCACCCUCAGAUUGAAGAUGGAGUGGUUACCAGGCAGUUGAUGGCGAAUGCCUGGGGUUACUGUGGUUAUUAUUAUUAUAACUAUCUCCAGUCAAUUCAAGUCAAAGCCUGCCCAGGAGGUUACUAUGUCUAUGAAUUGAUCAACCCACAGUUUUGGUGUUCAGCUUACUGCACAGAUAUCAACACUUUAACUGAAGCAGAUCCCUCUACAAAUCCAGAUAUGGUUAAUGGAUACAGCACAACUCUGCCUUUCACCAUCACCAAUUAUGACCCGUGCUAUAAUUACAAAACCCUUGACAAUGAAUGGAGAAACACACGCACUUACUGUGGUGUACAAUAUGAUGACACCAUGACUGAAUGGGACGGCUGGUAUCGACUCUUUAUUAAUGGCAUGAAUGCUGAGAUUCCUGAGUGGUGUCUGAAUGAUAUGACGUGUGGAGGUUACAGUCCUCUGUGGCUCAAUGACUCUCAUCCACGUCUAGAAGAUGGAGUUGUUACUCUUGAAGUCUACAGCAGCUCUAGAUACGGACAGUGCAGUUCAUACAGAUCCAACUCAAUUGAAGUCAAAGCUUGUCCUGAUAAUUAUUAUGUCUAUAAACUCACCAGGCCAAGUGUGACAAUCCCAGCCCCUGUAUAUUGUGCAGUUGCUUUCACCAGUCUGAGUAUCGACCCAUGUGACAACUACACCAGUCUAGAUGAUUCUUGGAGAUCCAGCAGCAAUUAUUAUUACUAUUACUCUUAUUACUAUGGUGUUAUGUGUGACUAUAACAUGAACUGGAAUGGCUGGUAUAGACUUUACUAUCAAGGACAGGAUGCUCAGAUGCCUGAGUCAUGUGUAAAUUAUGGCUCGUGUGGUACUUCUCAACCACUGUGGCUCAAUGGUCGUCACCCACAGCUGGAAGAUGGAGUGGUCACCCGGAAGAUCUGUGGCUCAACUGGGAUUGACUGCUGUGGUCACACAUCCCAACCCAUACGAGUAAAAGCUUGUCCAGGGAAUUAUUAUGUCUAUGAAUUUGUCAGUCCAACGUCCUGCUCUGCGUACUGCACAGAGGUCAGAGACCUUAACCCCUCAACAACUCCAUCAGCAACAACAAAAUCCACUACACCUGUGCCCAUCACUGCUUCUAUGGACAAUCUCAGUAAUGAUCCCUGUUAUAAUUAUACAUCAUUGGAUCGUCCCUGGAGGGCCACAAAUGAAAGUGGAUUGUACAUUUGUGAUGAAAGUUUUUACUGGGAUGGCUGGUACCGACUUUAUUACAAUGGGAUGAACAUCCGUAUGUCAGAGAGCUGUGUAAGUUCAUACAGCUGUAAUGCUUACGUAAGUCUGUGGCUCAGUAGCGGUCACCCUCAGAUUGAAGAUGGAGUGGUUACCAGGCAAUUGUUGGCAAAUGCCUGGGGUUACUGCGGUUAUUAUUACUAUCUCCAGUCAAUUCAAGUCAAAGCCUGCCCAGGAGGUUACUACGUCUAUGAAUUGAUCAACCCACAGUUUUGGUGUUCAGCUUACUGCACAGAUAUCAACACUUUAACUGAAGCAGAUCCCUCUACAAAUCCAGAUAUGGUUAAUGAAUACAGCACAACUAUGCCUUCCACCAUCACCAGCUAUGACCCGUGCUAUAACUACAAAACCCUUGACAAUGAAUGGCGAAACACACGCACUUACUGUGGUGUACAAUAUGAUGACACCAUGACUGAAUGGGACGGCUGGUAUCGACUCUUUAUUAAUGGCAUGAAUGCUGAGAUUCCUGAGUGGUGUCUGAAUGAUAUGACGUGUGGAGGUUACAGUCCUCUGUGGCUCAAUGGCUCUCAUCCACGUCUAGAAGAUGGAGUUGUUACUCUUGAAGUCUACAGCAGCUCUAGAUAUGGACAGUGCAGUUCAUACAGAUCCAACUCAAUUGAAGUCAAAGCUUGCCCUGAUAAUUAUUAUGUCUAUAAACUCACCAGGCCAAGUGUGACAAUCCCAGCCCCUGUAUAUUGUGCAGUUGCUUUCACCAGUCUGAGUAUCGACCCAUGUGACAGCUACACCAGUCUAGAUGAUUCUUGGAGAUCCACCAGCCAAAAUUAUUACUAUUAUAAUUAUGGUGGUAUGUGUGACUAUAACAUGAACUGGAAUGGCUGGUAUAGACUUUACUAUCAAGGACAGGAUGCUCAGAUGCCUGAGUCAUGUGUAAAUUAUGGCUCGUGUGGCACUUCUCAACCACUGUGGCUUAAUGGUCAUCACCCACAGCUGGAAGAUGGAGUGGUCACCCGGAAGAUCUGUGGCUCUACUGGGAAUGACUGCUGUGGUUACACAUCCCAUCCCAUACGAGUAAAAGCUUGUCCAGGGAAUUACUAUGUCUAUGAGUUUGUCAGUCCAACAGCCUGUUCUGCGUACUGCACAGAGGUUAGAGACCUAAACCCCUCAACAACUCCAUCAACUACAACAGAAUCCACUACACCUGUGCCUAUCACUGCUUCUAUGGACAAUCUCAGUAAUGAUCCCUGUUAUAAUUAUACAUCAUUGGAUCGUCCCUGGAGGGCCACAAAUGAAAGUGGAUUGUACAUUUGUGAUGAAAGUUUUUACUGGGAUGGCUGGUACAGACUUUACUACAACGGGAUGAACAUCCGUAUGUCAGAGAGCUGUGUUAGUUCAUACAGCUGUAAUGCUUACGUAAGUCUGUGGCUCAGUAGCGGUCACCCUCAGAUUGAAGAUGGAGUGGUUACCAGGCAAUUGUUGACGAAUGCCUGGGGCUACUGCGGUUAUUAUAAUUAUUAUCUCCAGUCAAUUCAAGUCAAAGCCUGCCCAGGAGGUUACUACGUCUAUGAAUUGGUCAAUCCACAGUUUUCAUGUUCAGCUUACUGCACAGAUAUCAACACUUUAACCGAAGCAGAUCCUUCUACAAAUCCUGAUAUGGUUAAUGGAUACAGCACAACUCUGCCUUCCACCAUCACUAAUUAUGACCCGUGCUAUAACUACAAAACCAUUGACAAUGAAUGGAGAAACACACGCACUUACUGUGGUGUACAAUAUGAUGACACCAUGACUGAAUGGGACGGCUGGUAUCGACUCUUUAUUAAUGGCAUGAAUGCUGAGAUUCCUGAGUGGUGUCUGAAUGAUAUGACGUGUGGAGGUUACAGUCCUCUGUGGCUCAAUGACUCUCAUCCACGUCUAGAAGAUGGAGUUGUUACUCUUGAAGUCUACAGCAGCUCUAGAUACGGAAAGUGCAGUUCAUACAGAUCCAACUCAAUUGAAGUCAAAGCUUGCCCUGAUAAUUAUUAUGUCUAUAAACUCACCAGGCCAAGUGUGACAAUCCCAGCCCCUGUAUAUUGUGCAGUUGCUUUUACCAGUCUGAUUAUCGACCCAUGUGACAGCUACACCAGUCUAGAUGAUUCUUGGAGAUCCAGCAGCAAUUAUAAUUACUAUUACUCUUAUUACUAUGGUGUUAUGUGUGACUAUAACAUGAACUGGAAUGGCUGGUAUAGACUUUACUAUCAAGGACAAGAUGCUCAGAUGCCUGAGUCAUGUGUAAAUUAUGGCUCGUGUGGUACUUCUCAACCACUGUGGCUCAAUGGUCGUCACCCACAGCUGGAAGAUGGAGUGGUCACCCGGAAGAUCUGUGGCUCUACUGAGAAUGACUGCUGUGGUUACACAUCCCAUCCCAUACGAGUAAAAGCUUGUCCAGGGAAUUACUAUGUCUAUGAAUUUGUCAGUCCAACGUCCUGCUCUGCGUACUGCACAGAGGUUAGAGACCUCAACCCCUCAACAACUCCAUCAACUACAACAAGAACCACUGCAUCUGUGUCCAUCUCUGCUUCUAUGGACAAUCUCAGUUAUGAUCCCUGUUAUAAUUAUACUUCACUGGAUCGUCCCUGGAGGGCCACCAAUGAAAGUGGAUUGUACAUUUGUGAUGAGUAUUUCUCCUGGCAUGGUUGGUACAGACUUUACUAUAAUGGGAUGAACAUCCGUAUGUCAGAGGACUGUGUUAGUUCAUACAGCUGUAAUGCUUACGUAAAUUUCUGGCUUAGUGGCGGUCACCCUCAGAUUGAAGAUGGAGUGGUUACCCGUCAGGUCUUUGGGUCGUAUUGGAGGUACUGCUUUUAUUUUAUGCUCUCCAUUCAAGUCAAAGCCUGCUCAGGAGGUUACUUUGUCUAUGAACUGGUCUCCCCACAGUCUUGGUGUUCAGGUUACUGCACAGAUAUCAACACUUUGACAGAGGCAGAUCUCUCUACAAAUCCAACUGGAUACAGCACAACUCUGUCUUCCACCAUCACCAGUUAUGACCCGUGCUAUAACUACAAAACCCUUGACAAUGAAUGGAGAAACACACGCACUUACUGUGGUGUACAAUAUGAUGACACCAUGACUGAAUGGGAUGGCUGGUAUCGACUCUUUAUUAAAGGCAUGAAUGCUGAGAUUCCUGAGUGGUGUCUGAAUGAUAUGACGUGUGGAGGUUACAGUCCUCUGUGGCUCAAUGGCUCUCAUCCACGUCUAGAAGAUGGAGUUGUUACUCUUGAAGUCUACAGCAGCUCUAGAUACGGACAGUGCAGUUCAUACAGAUCCAACUCAAUUGAAGUCAAAGCUUGUCCUGAUAAUUAUUAUGUCUAUAAACUCACCAGGCCAAGUGUGACAAUCCCAGCCCCUGUAUAUUGUGCAGUUGCUUUCACCAGUCCCAGUAUCGACCCAUGUGACAGCUACACCAGUCUUGAUGAUUCUUGGAGAUCCACCAGCAAUUAUAAUUAUUACUAUGGUGUUUGUGACUAUAACAUGAACUGGAACGGCUGGUACAGACUUUACUAUCAAGGACAAGAUGCUCAGAUGCCUGAGUCAUGUGUAGAUUAUGGCUACUGUGGUACUUCUCAACCACUGUGGCUCAAUGGUCGUCACCCACAGCUGGAAGAUGGAGUGGUCACCCGGAAGAUCUGUGGCUCUACUGGGAAUGACUGCUGCGGUUACACAUCCCAUCCCAUACGAGUAAAAGCUUGUCCAGGGAAUUACUAUGUCUAUGAGUUUGUCACUCCAACGUCCUGCUCUGCGUACUGCACAGAGGUUAGAGACCUCAACCCCCCAACAACUUUAUCAACUACAACAACAGAAUCCACAACACCUGUGCCCAUUACUGUUGCCUUUAACAGUCCGAGUAUCGACCCAUGUGACAGCUAUACCAGUCUGGAUGAUUCUUGGAGAUCCACCAGCAAUUAUAAUUAUUAUUAUUACUAUUACUAUAAUUACUAUAGUGGUAUGUGUGACUAUAACAUGAACUGGAACGGCUGGUACAGACUUUACUAUCAGGGACAAGAUGCUCAGAUGCCUGAGUCAUGUGUAAAUUAUGGCUCGUGUGGCACUUCUCAACCACUGUGGCUCAAUGGUCGUCACCCACAGCUGGAAGAUGGGGUGGUCACCCGGCAGGUCUGUGGCUCUACUGGGAAUGACUGCUGUGGUUACACAUCCUAUCCCAUACAAGUAAAAGCUUGUCCAGGGAAUUACUAUGUCUAUGAGUUUGUCAGUCCAUCGUCCUGCUCUGCGUACUGCACAGAGGUUAGAGACCUCAACCCCCUAACAACUUUAUCAACUACAACAACAGAAUCAACUACACCUGUGCCCAUUACUGUUGCAUUUAACAGUCCGAGUAUCGACCCAUGUGACAGCUAUACCAGUCUGGAUGAUUCUUGGAGAUCCACCAGCAAUUAUAAUUAUUAUUAUUACUAUUACUAUAAUUACUAUAGUGGUAUGUGUGACUAUAACAUGAACUGGAACGGCUGGUAUAGACUUUACUAUCAGGGACAAGAUGCUCAGAUGCCUGAGUCAUGUGUAAAUUAUGGCUCCUGUGGCACUUUUCAACCACUGUGGCUUAAUGGUCGUCACCCACAGCUGGAAGAUGGAGUGGUCACCCGGCAGGUCUGUGGCUCUUCUUGGCUUGGGUGUUUUUGUGACACAUUUUUUCCCAUACAAGUAAAAGCUUGUCCAGGGAAUUACUAUGUCUAUGAGUUUGUCAGUCCAUCGUCCUGCUCUGCAUACUGCACAGAGGUUAGAGACCUCAACCCCCUAACAACUUUAUCAACUACAACAACAGAAUCCACUACACCUGUGCCCAUUACUGUUGCAUUUAACAGUCCGAGUAUCGACCCAUGUGACAGCUAUACCAGUCUGGAUGAUUCUUGGAGAUCCACCAGCAAUUAUAAUUAUUAUUAUUACUAUUACUAUAAUUACUAUAGUGGUAUGUGUGACUAUAACAUGAACUGGAACGGCUGGUAUAGACUUUACUAUCAGGGACAAGAUGCUCAGAUGCCUGAGUCAUGUGUAAAUUAUGGCUCGUGUGGUACUUCUCAACCACUGUGGCUCAAUGGUCGUCACCCACAGCUGGAAAAUGGGGUGGUCACCCGGAAGAUCUGUGGCUCUACUGGGAAUGACUGCUGUGGUUACACAUCCCAUCCCAUACAAGUAAAAGCUUGUCCAGGGAAUUACUAUGUCUAUGAGUUUGUCAGUCCAACGUCCUGCUCUGCGUACUGCACAGAGGUUAGAGACCUCAACCCCCUAACAACUUUAUCAACUACAACAACAGAAUCCACUACACCUGUGCCCAUUACUGUUGCAUUUAACAGUCCGAGUAUCGACCCAUGUGACAGCUAUACCAGUCUGGAUGAUUCUUGGAGAUCCACCAGCAAUUAUAAUUAUUAUUAUUACUAUUACUAUAAUUACUAUGGUGGUAUGUGUGACUAUAACAUGAACUGGAACGGCUGGUAUAGACUUUACUAUCAAGGACAGGAUGCUCAGAUGCCUGAGUCAUGUGUAAAUUAUGGCUCGUGUGGUACUUCUCAACCACUGUGGCUCAAUGGUCGUCACCCACAGCUGGAAGAUGGGGUGGUCACCCGGAAGAUCUGUGGCUCAACUGGGAAUGACUGCUGUGGUUACACAUCCCAUCCCAUACGAGUAAAAGCUUGUCCAGGGAAUUAUUAUGUCUAUGAAUUUGUCAGUCCAACGUCCUGCUCUGCGUACUGCACAGAGGUUAGAGACCUCAACCCCCCAACAACUUUAUCAACUACAACAACAGAAUCCACUACACCUGUGCCCAUUACUGUUGCAUUUAACAGUCCCAGUAUUGACCCAUGUGACGGCUAUACCAGUCUGGAUGAUUCUUGGAGAGCCACCAGCAAUUAUAAUAACUAUUUUGAUGAUUACUAUGGACAGUGUGACUAUAACAUGAACUGGAACGGCUGGUAUAGACUUUACUAUCAAGGACAAGAUGCUCAGAUGCCUGAGUCAUGUGUAAAUUAUGGCUCGUGUGGUACUUUUCAACCACUGUGGCUCAAUGGUCGUCACCCACAGCUGGAAGAUGGAGUGAUCACCCAGCAGGUCUGUGGCUCUAGUUGGGAUGGGUGCUUUUGUGACACGUUUAAUCCCAUACAAGUAAAAGCUUGUCCAGGGAAUUAUUAUGUCUAUGAGUUUGUCAGUCCCAGAAGCUGUUCUGCGUACUGCACAGAAGUUAGACAGUUGAACCCCACAGCAGCUUCAGCCACAACAGAAGAGUCCACCACAUCUUUAUCCAUCACAACCAUUGACCCCUGCACUGAAAUCAACUGCACCGAAGAAGAAUGGUGUGGAGAGAAAGACGGGAUCUAUGGCUGCUUUUGUAACCAUCCCAGAUCUGACACUGACUCUUAUGAUUCCUUUGAAAUUUGUGAGAGCAGUUCUGGCUUCCUCUCCUUAUCCCGUUGUCAGCUUUUUGAGGAUGGUUUUUCUGCUGAAAUCCUUCACCUCCGCGAUGCUCGUUGCAAAGGAACAGUCCAGAAUGGCAGAGUGGAGUUCCAUUUUGAUAACAAUAAUAUGUGUGGUACAAAUCUUAUGGCUAAUGGCACUCACUUCAUCUAUGAGAAUAUUAUUUCGGGGGAAGUGAAGUCAACUCAACUCAUUAGCAGGAAGAGUCAUUUGGACCUGUCUUUCUCCUGCAUAUAUUCACAAACCCAAACAAUUUCCAUGAAUGCACAGAUUAACCCUCUGGAGAGCCAUUUGCACAGGACGAUUCCUACAGGUGAAGGCACAUAUAAGGUCAGAAUGGUUCCGUAUCAGGAUCCGGACUUUUCCCAACCCUUUAAUGGUAGUGUGAAUAUAGAGGUGGACCAGCCGAUUUAUGUGGAACUUAAUGUGGAGGGAAUUGAUGGGCAACAGUUUGCAUUACUGAUCGACACAUGUUGGGCAACACCUGUGAAUGACCCACUUUAUAAUGUCCGAUGGGAUCUGCUUGUUGGAGAGUGCCCCAAUCCAAAAGAUGACACAGUUGUUCUGCUGCAGAAUGGUGUCUCUACAUCAAGCCGUUUCUCCUUUAGGACGUUUGCCUUCACUGAAAACUCUGAAAAGGUCUUCUUGCAUUGCUCCAUUCACAUUUGCCUUUUGAUGGGUAAUGACUGCUCAGCGCACUGUGAGUCUGGUUACCAUAGAAAACCCAGGUCUGUGGACUUUCAUGACAGCUCGUCCAUUUCUAUGGGUCCUCUGAUCUGGUCUUAAAAAGACUACAGAUACAUGGGUGACUGACCAAGUGAAGGUGUCUGGAGCUUUGUAGUUCUUUGAUUCCAUUGCUUGUCUUUGUCUUUAGCAUCUUUUAUUUGUUGUAGUACAUUUUUGUUUCACAAACAAUAGAAAUAAUUUUACUUUAACUGUUAUUGACAUUAUUAAAUUGUAAUCCCCAAUAUCUCUGAUUUAUGAUUACUAUUAUGCAUUUAUAAUAAAAUGGGGUAAAGGGUGUGCUGCAAUAUGUUGCUUUGGUAUGUGUUGUGUAGGGAAUAUGAUUGAUAAAUACAUGGUUAGUUGGGUUAUUUCAAACAUUAACCAGCAGGUGACACUGUCACCAAAUCCACCAGUCUUAGUGCUUUUUGUUGUCUUUAUGGCUCUCUCAGGUAAAAGCUCACAGGUAAUAAAGCAUACACUGACUACAAUUUUAUCUGUUAUUAAUAU